AUGUCUAGGUCCUUGUCUAGUUACGAGAGAAAGUUGCUCUCUGAGAUACUAGAGAACAAUAAGAACGGUACUGUCUUCGGUGCCAGUUACAUAUUCGAUGACUCAGUCACCGCCGAUGAGCACAUAUGGGAUGACGACAACGACACCCUAGCCGCCACAAGAGUGGAGUCUCGCUCCACCAAGAAGCCUGCUCUGUCCCUGACUUUGCCGCUGGUUACCAGGGCCCUGAAGAGCCUCAUUGAGAAGAACCCCGAGAUGUACACCACCGUGAACGACUUGCUCGAGUUCGCUCCUUUGAAAGAGAUAAGAACACCCGACGUCAUAUCUGUGGUCACCUUCGAUAACGAGAAGGAUGAGAAGGUCAACUGCCACUCCGGCGGUCCACCACCUUACUUGAUCCGCCACAUCCUGAAGAAUGAUGUCUUCCAGCCCGGCUCCAACAAGCCAUUGUGGAACUUGUACCUGAUCGACGAGUCCCAGCUGGUGUUCCACUGUCAGGACAUCCUGUUUGACAUAUUCUCCGCGGCCAACUUCCAUAAACUGUUUCUGAAGGAACUGAUAGCUGUGUGUAGACCACAGCAGAGCUACGAGAAGCCAUUGGAGUAUUUGUUUAAGUUGCAGAAAUCCUUCGAAAACAAUUACUCAGUGCCAAAGUCCAUCUAUGACAACUUGAAACUGCACUUGCCUGCAACGCGCCCAGAACUGCUAAACUUGCAGACCCAGUCCUUCUUCAAGUCCAUCUUUUGUAACGCCGUCAAGAAGCCUCUGGACUUCAUCCAGAUGCCAAUCACGAGCAUUACCAACAGCAGCUCUAACUCUGAUAACUCCACCACAGUUAUCAGCCAAGAAGGUAAUCAAUUGAAGCUGUUCAGAACCAGAUAUACCAAUAUACUGACUUCUGCAACUUCUAACUGUGGUCAUACCAUCUUCGGUUCCGUCUCCAAUGAAAGAUUCAACUACUUGAACUCGGUUGUGAAGAACGAGAAGAUAUGCCUAAGAAGUUUUAUUGCCGCCAUCACAAUGCUGUGUCUGAAGCCUAUGGUUAAGAGCUUCAACGGCACUUUGAUUUUCUCAAUGCCCAUGAACUUGAGAGACUCGAUGAACGAGAAGAGAGAUUUUGGUCUGGUCUACAAGGACAUUAGAGUAGAGUGUCCUCUCUCUAUGAUUGAUGACAAGCAAUGCUCUGUGCCAGGUCUAAAUGAAAGUGAUCCUGAGUACAACGAAAAACUGCUGGAAAUACAGUUCCAACAGAUUGCCACUUAUGUUACUGAAAGCAUUGAGCAAAGAAUGAGUACUUGGAAGAAGUACGGUUACAAUGAUAAUGAUAUGAAGAGAAUGAAGUUCACUAAGUAUGACGAGAAGUUUGCGCCAAACACUAGACUAAUAAAGAUUAAUGAUGUAUCGGAAGUAUCUUUCGAUGACAACGACAUCAGAUUCCCUCAUAUCAAGAGCCCAGGAUUCACUACAAGUCUCUCUCAAAAUACACUAAUGUCUCUUUCAUAUACCCACUGUGAGGAGGAUGGUUUGAAUAUCUGCAUCCAUUAUCCAGAUGGAUACAACAUGGAGAAUUUCGUGGACUGCUUCGAGUCUUUCAUGGAGGAGCAAUAA